CUGCACUACGGGACCCUCCUGGGCAGCAGAGCUUGUGCCCACAUGGCAGCAGCUGCCUGGGCCAGUGCCUUUCUCAAUGCUCUGCUGCACACAGCCAAUACAUUUUCCCUGCCCCUGUGCCAUGGCAAUGCCCUGGGCCAGUUCUUCUGUGAAAUCCCCCAGAUCCUCAAACUCUCCUGCUCACACUCCUACCUCAGGGAACUUGGGCUCAUUGCUGUUAGUGUCUGUUUAGCUUCUGGCUGUUUUGUGUUCAUUGUUUUCUCCUAUGUGCAGAUCUUCAGGGCUGUGCUGAGGAUCCCCUCUGAGCAGGGAAGGCACAAAGCCUUUUCCACCUGCCUCCCUCACCUGGCUGUGCUCUCCCUGUUCCUCAGCACUGUUUUCAUUGCCUACCUGAAGCCCCCCUCCAUCUCCUCCCUAUCCCUGGAUCUGUCCCUGUCAGUUCUGUACUCAGUGGUGCCUCCACUUCCUGACGAUCCCUGGACAAUGCUGCUCCUGAUUUUGGAAUCGGCCAGUGCAGAUGUUUAUGGGACAGGAGCCCUCUGGGGCUGUAGGCUGAUGGUUGCAAGGUGCAUGAGCACAUCUCAUUAG